AUGGACUCUCGUCCAAUAAAGAACGAGACUUGUGGGCGUCUUCAGGGUUCAAUCCUAGGUCUCUCUCAUUUGGCACGUUCAGACGUCUUAUUUGGCAAACGAGAAGGAGGUCCUGGUUCAGGUCUGGACUCUUCUCAGGUUUGGAGCUUGCUCACGUCUUAUUUGGCUAACAAGAAGGAGGUCCUGGUCCAGCUCGGGGCCAUACAUCCAGCGGUCAUCCCCACACCGGCCUGCCGCCCCCGGGGUGACAUGGUCCAGAAGGUCCACCGCCUUCUCGCAGACCCGGGGGCGUCCUUUCCUGUCCACUGCCUGCCGUUCAACGCCAACGUGUCCUUCCCGCGCUCAGCCCUCUCCAACGGGACGGCCAACGGCACAAAGUGCGAGCGGCCAUUGCGGACGCUUUACGAGUGCCUGCAGGGGGCGGAGCAAGUCUUUAAGGACAACGACAUAGCUGAGAGAGAAGGCGGAGUCCCGUGGGACAAGCACAAGCUGGACCGCCUUCGGCACCUCCGGUACCGCCUGGUGGUGGAGGACGACUGCAUGUCCGCCCUGGGGGAGUCAGCUCGUUUCUCGUCCUACUUCCGGAGUGUGAGCGCUCUCGUCCGCCAGCAGGACAGCGCCACCUGCGGGUGGUCAGUGCUGCGGCGAGAUCUGCUGUGGCUUCUCAAGACGUUACUGGACAAACACCACCGCUGUUUUAGCUGGUGA